CGCACUGACCUCUAACCCCUGACCCACAUUGCUUAGCACGUUUGCACGAGGGCGUACCUACCUGCCUACCGGCACGUAUUUCUGCAAGUCAUUUUCCAAUUCUUAAAUUCUGGUUGGAGCAUAAAUAUGUCUUGGAUAUCAGAGCUCACCCUACCACAGGUUCACCACAGUCACCUCAUCACGGGAGGUUUUGUGGUGGUGUCAGGAAUAGCCGCCUACUCGACCUACAAACUUGUGACCCUCAAAAGUCACCAUCAGAGAGAAGCGCAGAAGGAAAACGUCUACGAGACCGCCAAACUUCUCAACGAGUAUCUUCUGUUUCAUUUCGGAAGUCCCGAGGAGGUUCUACAGUUCGACUUUGGCCCGAAAGAUGCCCUAGAGAAUUUCCCUAAACGUUGUGCAGAGGAAUGUUUAGCACAUGCGCUGGAUGGGGCAGACAUCCCCAGUCGGGCACUUGACAUCGGCUGUGCCACUGGCAGGUCGUCCUUCGAGCUAGCCCGGCGGUACAGGGAGGUGGUGGGCAUCGACUUCAGCCAUUCCUUUGUAGCCGCCUGCGAACAACUGAAGGUAGCAGGGACCAUAGACUAUAACCGGCAGGACGAAGGGGACCUCACGACCCAGCUCAAGGCUGUGGUAGAUCCAACAAUCGACCGGACCAGGACCAGAUUUCAGCAGGGAGAUGCCUGUAACCUGCCCCUGGACCUGGGACAGUUCGGCUGUGUUCUGGCUGCAAACCUCAUCUGCAGACUCCCGACAUCAUUUGACUUCCUGAACCGACUGAAGAGUCUUGUGGCACCAGGGGGUGUGCUGGUUAUCACUUCUCCAUACACAUGGCUGGCAGAGUUCACUCCCAAGAGCACAUGGCUUGGUGGCUACAAGGACAAAGACGGCAAGGAAGUGAAGGGUUUCCAGACGCUCCAGAACAGCCUCGGGGGAAGUUUUGACCUGGUCACACAUAAGGACAUGCCGUUCCUCAUCAGGGAGACGGCACGGAAGAACCAGUGGACUGUUGCACACUGCACAGUCUGGAGAAGGAAGAAGGAAUAAUAAAGGUUUUAAUGCGACAAUAGCAAUAUCUCUGUCCCAAUGGAGUCACUUUAAACAAGAGCUGGGAUGGUACAGCAUUAGGAAAAAUGUUGUGGCUAUGAUCAAUUGGUUAUUAUGAAACAUUGCCUGGUAUGUAGAAACCAUUAUCUUUAUAUAUGAUAUAGGAAGAUUAAUAUGUAAAAUGACACUGAUAUCCACAUGCUUUAUUUUCGACAUGAAUAGAUUAGUAUAUCAGAUCAGACCAAACUUGUGGUUAUGUACUUUUGUAGAUAGAAACUAACACUAGUAGUUUGCCUUGGCUUCAGUGAAAGCUGGGAGGAUGUACUUCAUAUUUUGCAGAAAUCUGGCUGUAAAUUUACAUACAUGACAGUAGGUGAUGGACUAGUUGUACAUCUGGAAAAUAUGUAUUUAUAAAAUGUGUUGUAUAUCAAGAAACCCCUAAAUAAUACAGUGUGACAUGUUGUCUAUAGUGGUAGGUUUUCUGUCAGAAAACAAACAUUGAUUAAACUAUUCUAUCCUCUCCCUUUUGACUUAUAAUAAACGUACAUGUUAGAUGAGUGGAUAAGCCCACUACAGAAGGUCCAAACAACGUACAUCGUAUUUCUGUAUCUGUAUGCUUAUUCACAUUAAACAAGGCAUUUAGAUACCAGGACUUGUAGCUUCAGGCUUGUGGAGAGUGGCCUGCAAAAAUAGCCGCCAUGUAUUUUCAGAUGAUUUCCUGUGUACUGCCAAUGGCAAAGAUAAUGAGUCAGUUUCAUGAAAAAAUAAAGUGAUGGAAUUUUGU